GUCAGAGAGACUUUCCCCAAAUUUCAAAGGAUGUUUAUCAUCAAAUUCAUCUUUAUUUCUUUGUUUUCACCGGAUUAGCUCUUAACCACUAUGUCGAAUAAAGUAUUGUUUUUAAUAGGAUGCCAAUAAAGUAUGUCAUAAUGUGACAUUUGUUUUGCUGUUUGCGCACGAACUGACUCCUCAGCUCCUUCAAAACAGAAGCUGGGAGAGGACACCGACUUUGUGCAAGAUUUUAUUUUUUGUAAAUAAUGGGAAAUACUGGUAGUAGACCAGAAACAUACAAGCAUAACGAGCUCAGACAUUCAAGUAUGCCGAUUCGACUGCCAAUGCCUGAUCCAAAUGAGUUGGACAGGAGGUUCACCAAAGUUUUGAAUUCUAUGGACUUGCCUCCAGACAAGGCCAAGUUGCUAAAGAGCUAUGAUGAUGAAAAGAAAUGGGAACUUAUUUGUGACCAGGAACGUGUCCAUGUUAAAGAUCCACCAGAUGUCUACCUCACAAAAUUACGCACAUACCUGGACCCGAGAUCAACACGCAGUACAAAGGGCAAUCGGCAGAGUCGACAUAGAAUGUCUUUUAAAAGAAAGAUGCUCGGUGAGACAAGUUCGACACAAGUUUUGCGAGACUUGGAAAUAUCUCUACGAACAAAUCACAUAGAAUGGGUGAGAGAGUUUCUCAGUGAAGAAAACCAGGGCCUGGAUAUCCUUGUGGACUAUCUAUCAUUUACUCAGGUUGUAAUGAGGAGGGAGCAGCUUCUGAAUAGAGAGAAGAGUUCGAGCCUGGACACAGGGUUAGCAAAGGGGUCCAUGCGCAGUUUGAAACGUUCCAAUACAAUCAGUGCCUCUAGGGGUAUUGCAAAAUAUUCUCAGAAAUUAAAUAUGGGAGAGGCGCGGGAUGAUGUCCAUGUCUGUAUUAUGUGUCUACGUGCAAUUAUGAAUCAUCAGUAUGGUUUUAACCUUGUGAUAGCCCACACUCAUGCCAUAAACUGUAUAGCAUUAAGUUUGAACCAUAGGAGUAUGAGAACAAAGGCGUUGGUACUAGAGCUGCUGGCAGCUGUAUGUUUGGUCAGUAGUGGCCAUGAAAUUAUACUCUCUGCUUUCGAUAACUUCAAAGAAGUCUGUGCAGAGAGACAUCGGUUUGAAACUCUGAUGGAAUAUUUCAAAAACUAUGAAGAAUUCCAUAUAGAUUUCAUGGUAGCGUGUAUGCAGUUUGUGAACAUUGUGGUCCACUCAGUGGAGAACAUGAAUUUUCGGGUCCAUUUACAACAUGAAUUCUCAAUUAUUGGUCUGGACGACUAUUUAGAGAAAUUGCGGCACACUGAAAGUGAUAGAUUGUCUGUUCAAGUGCAUGCGUACUUAGAUAACAUGAUUGAUGUUGCUGCACUGCUAGAAGACUCAGAAACUAAAACAGAAGCACUGGAGAAAGCUGCCGAGUUAGAGGAUGAGGUUUCGAGGAUAAAUGAGAAGUUGCAAGAAGUAGAAGAAGAAAUGAUGAUGAAAGCUAUUGAGCUGGAAAAACAGCUGUCUGACGCCAACACUGAAAUUGAUGAACUUAAGGAAAUUUUGCGGCAAAAUGAAGCAGAGAACACGGCAUUACGGGAAGCAAUCAAUGAGAAGGAUGCUGAAUCUCAGAAACAUCUCAGCACCUUGGACGCCAAAUUACAGGAACUGGAAAACCUGAAGAAAAAUAUUGGCUCAGGUGUUGGGGCAGCUGGUGCAUCAGGAGCUGCAGGGGCAGUUCCACCUCCACCACCACCCCCUGCCCCAGUAUUGGCUCCCCCACCUCCUCCACCACCACCGGCACCUCCAGCACCAGGCAUGGGAGCUCCACCUCCACCACCUCCAGCUCCAGGAGCUCCUAGUGCAAUGACCAUUAAGAAGAAGAUACAGACCAAGUACCGCUUACCUGUGUUAAACUGGACUCCGCUUAAACCACAGCAAGUUAAAGGCACAGUCUUUGCAGAUCUUGAUGAUGAAAAAUUAUACAGGGUGAUAGAUUUUAACGGUUUUGAGGAAACAUUCAAGCUUGGUGUAUUAGGUGGUCUAAAAGGUGGGGAUAGUACUCCAAAAACACUUAAGAAGAAGAAGGAGAGUAUAACCCUGCUGGAACCUAACAGAGUGCGGAAUGUUGCUAUCACAAGAAGAAAGAUUGAGCUGAGCAACGAUGAAAUUAUGAGAGCUAUAAUAAAUAUUGAUUUGAAGGUUCUCUCCAUAGAUAUUGUAGACAUUCUCCAAACAGUCCUGCCAAAUGAACAAGAGAUUAAAGCUUAUAAACUCUAUGAGAAAGAUAAGAAGCCAAUUGAUAUGUUGUCAGAUGAGGACAAAUUUAUGUGGCAGUUAUGUAAAGUAGAGAGACUGCCACAGAGGCUCACAAUUAUGAGUUAUAUUUCCAACUUCCAUGAUGAUAUGCACCAUUUACAACCACAAAUCAACGCAUGUAUAGCAGCAUCGAUGUCGUUGAGAAACUCGCAGAAAGUCAGGAAACUUCUUGAGAUUAUCUUAGCCUUUGGAAAUUACAUGAACAGUUCUAAGAGAGGUGCUGUGUAUGGCUUUAAACUUCAGAGUUUGGAUAUGUUGUUGGACACAAAAACAGCCGACAAGAAACUGACGUUAAUGCAUUUCUUGGUUGACACUGUCCAGUAUAAAUUCCCAGACAUUCUUAACUUCGAGUCAGAGCUGAGAUUCAUUGAAAAAGCUGCUUUAGUUUCGAUGGAAAACAUCACGACGGAUGUACAUGAACUUGAGAAGGGAAUGGAGUUGACAAAGAGAGAGUAUGACUUGAGAAGAUCAUCUCGAGAUCAGCCUUUGAUUCUCAAAGAUUUUAUCGCAAAUUCCGAGGAUAAACUACGUAAAUUACUCAGUGAUGUAAAAACUGCACAGGAUUCUUAUAAAAGAGUUGUGGAAUAUUUCGGAGAAAACCCCAGAAGUGUUUCACCUUCCACAUUCUUUGCACAGUUUGUCAGAUUUGUGAAUGCAUUUAGGCAAGCAUUGUUGGAUAACGAGAAGCGACGUCGCCAGGAGACUGCUGCCUAUGGUCAUGAUGAAAUGCCAAUGGUCAACAAUAAGAAAGAUAAAAAGAUAGUGCAGGAACAAAUGGUAUCGGAGUUGAAGCAGAGAAAUCGUCAAAUCAAGGAGAAGAAAUUACUGAACAAGGACGAGGUGUAUCAUGGUGCUUUAGAAGAUAUUCUUCUUGAUUUGAAAAAUGAGCCGUACAGAAGAGCCGAUGCAGUAAGGCGGAGUCAGAGACGACGGGUCGAGAAUCUCGUGCCUAUGGGAAGAAGUAGCAAUGAUUUUUUCUGAAGCUAAAUCUUUGGCUGUGAUACCAGCUUCAGUUUAACAACAAGAAUAUCAGACUUUAUAUUAAUUACCGUCUGCUAGAGAAAUGUGAAUUUUGGAGUGGUGCACUCUAAACUUACCGCCAUUUUCGUUUUGAAUAAAAGGCUGGAGCUUCUGUCUUGUGAACAUUCUUCUUGAGUAACUAGGUGAAAAGGGAACUGUUCAUUAUAGGCAAACACAAGUUGUAUGAAAUAUGAGAAAAAAUAUAUUGUCUGCAAACCAAGCGUAUAUACACUGUAAAAUAAAUAGUGAAGAUACUGUAUUAUGUAGAUGUGGAGCUACUCUGUAUGCGAGGUAUCUCAUUUACAGCAAAUGUCCACAGGUUCAUUUUCCAGGUGUUACAGCUGAAUCAAAAGCUGUAUUCCUGUUUAAAAAGGGAAACAUAUCAUUUCCUGACAUGAAAAGUGAAAUAUAUGUGGAACAGAUAAAUAUAUAAAGGGAGAGAACUGUUCACAGUUUGGACCUGCAACAUGGAUAUGGCAUAUUACAGAAACACAAGAUAAAAAUGCAUGUGUUCAUUUUUUUCCCCUGGAUUUUGUUUAAAGUGGUCAUACAGUAAUGGUCAUCAAAUGGAGGAUUUGUGAUUUCAGUAAAAAACUGUUCAUGUGGAAACAUGUUGAAAAUUUGUAAACAUUUCUUAAAAAGAAAUAUCAGGAAGCCUUUGUUAUAAAGUGUGAAUUAACAUCAGAUUUACAUUUUUGAGAUAUUUAAAGUGGAAUAUACCAAGUGCUGUUUGACAUCUGUCCAGGGAAGAAUUGAUUCCUAAAACUGGGACUGUCAGAUUAAACAUUGCAUUGCAGAGUGGGAAUAAAUAUAAAGGAAUAUAAAAUUAAUCUACUCUUAUGGUGAAUAUAUAGGACACUUAUCACUGACAAAUUGAAGGCUUCAGAUGGUCUUUAAAGAGGGUAGACAGGAGUCUCUGCAGCAACAUGAAGAAGUCUUUUACUACAAAUGACUACUGAAUGGUCUUCACUGAAAAACAGGAAUCUACGCAGUAAAGCAAAGAAGUAUUACAGUUCUGGUGUAAUAUUUUCAUCAGAUAUGAAGCAUAUGAGUAAAUCUCAUUAAUGCAACAUAAUAAUUAAUGCAUUCUUGCAUUAAAGUUCCUUGUUUAAACAAGAAGUGAAAUUUUCUUUAUCAAAAACAAGAUAUAUCAUGAAGAGAGAAAUUGUAAAAGAAAUGAAAGUGCUGAUUAAGUCACACAGAUUGUGCUAACCUCCUGCUGUUUAAUAAAGUAUAUGAGCCGUGCCAUGAGAAAACCAACAUAUUGGCUUUGCGACCAGCAUGGAUCCAGACCAGCCUGCGCAUCCGCGCUGUCUGGUCAGGAUCCAUGCUGUUUGCUUUUAAAGCCUAUUGGGAUUGGAGAAACCGUUAGCGAACAGCAUGGAUCCUGACCAGACUGCGCAGAUGCGCAGGCUGGUCUGGAUCCAUGCUGGUCGCAAAGCCACUAUGUUGGUUUUCCCAUGGCACGGCUCAUAUGCUUGAGGUAUAUGCUGAAACAAGUCGUGUUAUAAGUGUAGGCAGGUGUUGAAAAGAUAUGGUACAUGGAAUGGCAGGGUAUAUUUUGUGAAAGAUAAGUCCAGUUUGUUUUUCCAUGCAGAAGUGUCGAAAAUAAAUGGACAUAGCAGAUAUAGACGCAGUAUCUCUGUAAUAGAAUUGUCAACAUUUAAGUAUUAGAUGUUAGGUAGAGCUCUGCUCAGUCAAAAUUGCAAUUUCUUGAAAUUGCCUUCCAUUUGCAUUGUAGUGUUAUUUACUGGAAAACAUGAAGAGAAGAAAAAAAGGAAAGUAUGUUUAAAAAGAGCUUCACAGGAAAGAGAAUCAAGUGGGAAUUAUAAGUGUGCAAUAUUUUUUUUCCUAAUUCUUGAUUUUUGACCAAAUGAAAUCCAGUGUGUUUCAUGCCAGAAAAAGUAGAUACAUGUAGUUAAAAAUACUUUUUAAAUUUGGAGAUUGAAGUGUUUUUGAAAAGAAAACUGCUUGCAAGAUUGUGAAGAUAAUGUCAGCAUCCACUUUAAGAACUUUUUGAUUUAUUUUGUUGUGACACUUUAGAGAAAUUACUUUCAUUUUUAGAAAUCUUAGAAACACAACUGGUUUUUGAUUGGUCAGAAGUCUGAGAAAAACUGCUUUGCAUGUACUUAAAUGUUUUUUCCUGGUAAUUGUACAAAUUGUGUUGCUGUACUUUUCAAGUAACUGUCUGGCUUUUGUGUAACGAGUGCUGACUUUGUAAGUUCUGUUUGUCUCGCAUCUUCAGGUUAUGAUAAAAUCUUGAUAGUAUUCCUUUUUAUGCGUGUUUUAUUUUGAUGUUUAAAGAGUUAAAUAGGAAGUUUUCUGUUGUAUUCUAUGGAUUCUUUAAAAAAGAUGUUGAAAAAAACCCUUAAUCAUAGAUUCUGUGUGCUUUAAGUUAUAGUAUGUUAUUUCACACUUUAUAUUGGGGUUAUUCGUGCUGCGGAAGAAGUAAACAUUUUAGUUUUGACUUCUACGAUAUUUGUGAUAUUAUACUGGGUAUUGUAGUUAUUGAUAGAUACAUGAAUACAAACUGUAGUGAGCACACAUCACAUUAAUAUCUAAAAUACUAUAAUUGUCUCCCUUUUACUGCAGCAGUAGGAAAGAAUAGUUGUGAUAUCAUAUUUUACAAAUAGAUUAAACUGAGAACUUUCAUGAUUUGAUGAGUACUUUUAUUUAUGUUAUUCCAAUUAUUUACCUAGUUUUACAGUUUUUAAACUUUUCAAAAUCUUUUUCAUUUCACUUAAAUACAAGAUCAUAAGCUCUUUGUAUUGAUUAUAAUAAAAAGGGCCCGACUGGUUGUAGGAAAGUGCAGUCUGUCUUGUAUGAAGUAAAAGCCUAAUAUACCAUCUGGGGUCAUAUUCCACCAGUAAAACUGGAAGAUUGCAAAGUGAAUAUAGUUAAAAAUAAGACUUAAAAGCCACAGGGACACAUCGUCACCAGCUUUACCAACUUGUUUUUGCACAUAUUCUGGUGCUAAACAGUGCAAAAGAAUAGCUCUGUUUGUUUUGUUUUACUUCUCUAAAAUUAAAGUGCUGUCAUUAUUUAAGGAUCCAUUUAUCUGGAGGAUGCGAGUCAAACAGCUACAUGGCCGCUUGUGGUGUAUAGUUUGUUAUUAGAAAUUUAUGCUAAGCAUUACGCAACUUGCUGCUGAGAAUAUGUUGGUGUUCUAUUUAUAGAUUUAAGGAUAACUUACACAAUUAUAGAAGCUUUAAUAAAUUAUAACAAUAUUGUGUAGCUGACUGUAGGCAUUAUUCUGUUUAUUUAAAUGUUAUUUAUGUCUGUUACUUUUUAUGGCGAUAGUUUGUGUAAAACUUUAAAUUUCUUUUAAAGAUCCUCUGGAAUUUGUGAACUGUUUUUCUGUAUUGUUUUGUUUCUUUGUAUGAAGCACUUUAUGCCAAUUUUUCUUACCUGUUUUUUCCCCCAUUAAUUAUAUUUUAAUAAUGAUUGCUAAUUCAUUUUUAGGCUGAUGCAGGAACUGAUUCCUGUGUUUUGUAUAUAUGCGAUACUAAUAUGUUAAAAAAAGAGACAUUUUGACCACAUGAAUUAUGUCUCCCACCACACAGUGGUGUGGGAGACAUAUUGAUUUACUCCAGUCUGUGUCUGUCUGUCUGUCUGUCACAAAGCUUGUCCGCACUCUAAAUCAAACAUUUCUCAUUCGAUCUUCACCAAACUUCAACAAAAUGUGUCUGCCAAUAAGUGCUCGGCCAAGUUCGAUAACUAGCCAAAUCGGCCUAGGCAGUUCGGAAUUAUGGCCCUUGAUUUACCAAAAACACUCAGAUUUCUUGCCCAGUUUUACCCCUAAACCAGCGCCUAUAUUACUAGUAGUAUAGGCGUCCUUUUGGUGUCAAGAAAGCGCAUGCACAUGUGGAUUAAGUAAAUAGUAUAUAAAGACUGACUUACUAUUUAGAUGAUUAGGCAGUUGUGGGAGACAUGCGCUUUUCUCAAAAGCAUCUCUAGUUUUGAUUUGAAAGUGUAAGCUUUGUUAACUUAAUUAAAUAUAUUAAACAGAUUUCAUACAGUUUGCACAGGAUUCCAGUUUGAAUGGUUGUUAAAAUUUGCUUUCAGAACUUCUGCUGAAUAUUUUAUGUAUGACAAGUUUGCAUUUUGUCGGGAUAGUCUCUGGGUUUAAAUACCUAAGGUUAUAUGGAACAAAUUAAAAAGCAGCUGGAACUCAUUGUGCUUACAAACAGGCUUAUAGCAAUUUUCUUUAAACUGUUCAAUUAAUUACAUAUCAAGCAAGGGCUGGUGAAAGUGAAAUUGUGACAAAGAUUAGUGGAGAUUCUAAAAUUUGCAACUUCACUCGGAAAUGUACACUGAACUAGUCUCUUUUUUUCACAUGUGUCGUAUCAAACAUCCAUAAAAUGAUCAGUUCUACAGGUUGAUCUCAAUAGUAAUCAGAAAAGUGUUGUUCUUGGCAAGCACAAUAUUUAAGCAUGUCCUACCAAUACAUACUCAUUCUGUUAUAUUAAUCCCUUUGCACUCUUACUGUUCAAUUUUAUACCAGGUUAAUACAGAAAUUUUUGUGUAUUCAAUAUUUUGGGAGUAUGUACACACAUUCUUACACCAAGCAUCAUAUAAAAUAACACAUAGCCACAUAGUAUGUACUGCACAUUUGUAAUACCUUGCCUUUAGGAGUGGCUAAUUAGCUAUUCUGCUAUGAGGAUUUUUUUUAAACUAAUGCCCAUCAGUUUUAGAUUUUCCAAAAAUUGUGUAAAAUCUAAAUUUCCACAUUUUCACAACCCCACCCCCCCCACCGACCCACCCCAAUUAUUGCUCUUUUUACAGAUAGGUCUUUUAUAUAAAUAGUCUGUAUAAAUAAUUAAUAAUUAUAUUACUUUAAUCGUUUAUCUUGCAAAUUCUUUUCCACAACAACCCCUGUACUUCCUAUAUAAAGAAACAAGCAAUGAUUUCGAGCUGAAUUUACUAUUAGUCAUUGAUGAAUGUUUGAAGUCAGUACUCGAUGCUGGUAAUUAAUUAGAAACUCCUGGUUUGUUUACAGAUGUAGAAAGUGAUACUUGUGUCAUAAAUCGUGUAAUCUAGUCCAUCACAUGUCAUUAGUGUAUAACUAAAUGUAAUGUAUAUCACUUUUUAUCACUUAAAAAUUCAAAUUCAUUAUAUGUACUCUGUUAGAAUAUAUAGAAACCUUGAUUAGCUUACCUAUUUCUAACCAUUGAAACAGUUAAAUAGGCAUCUGUCAGGCAGCCAGUCUGCUAACUUACCUGUCAGAUUUUUGUUCCAACUUCAUCCUGACUGAAGCAGCCUCUUAAGUUAAGCUACCACACUUUGCACGCUAUUGCGUGUAUGCUUUAUACAGGUUUGAAUGUAUUCAUAAUGGGCUAUGUCUGAUUAAACUUAGAAGGUUUUACCUUAAAAGAAAAGGCUUGUCACUUAUUUCAUUAAUGAUGAUUUAACUGAAAUGCUGGUUUAAACCUGUAAUACUUUACUUAAGCAUGCUGUCCUUUUGAGUUAGGUAUAGUGCUUAGUUUCUUUCUUACAUUCCUUACAAAGAUUUGAUUUUAUACAGCUUGAAAUAUUUUUGUACACAGGGUGGAAGAUUUUUUAUUUAGAUCAUCCUUGAUUUUAAUUAGGCAUUGUAUUUAAUACUGUACAUAUAGCUGACAAAGGGGGCACAAAUGCACAUAUAAAAUAUGAACUUUAAAUGGGUCAACCUCUCUAGAGUGAAUACAAUCGCAGUAGAGUGAACACAAUCUCUUCAGAGUGAGCAAGACCUCUAAGGAGCGAUCAUGAUCUCUCUAGACACAGUUUCUAUAAAGUGAACACAACCUCACAUGAGUGAGCACAAUCUAUAUAGAGUGAGCAAAACCUCUAUAAAGAGUGAACAUUGUAUCUCUCUAGAUUGAACACAAUUUCUAUAAAGUGAACACAACCUCACUUGAGUGAGCACAAUCGAUAUAGAGUGAGUAAAACCUCUACAAGGAGUGAACACAACUCUAGAAUGACGCAAUCUAUCUAAGUGAACUCUGUUUAGACUUGUGUUUGUUGUAUAGAGGUUGUUGCACUAAAGAAGUUAAUUGAAUUCUAUCUCCUUGGAGUUGUCCUUAAGAUAGGUUAAAUUGUACUGUUAUUUGGUUGAAUGAUGAAAUACGUUCAUAUGCUUGUACUAUUUUUUUUCUACUGUACUGUAACAUUUUUUUUUUUUCUGUUAAACAUAACCAUGCCAGUAUCUUGUAUCAAGAUGCAGGAUUUUUUAGCCUCAUAUAUCUUUUUAAGAACUUGGAAGUUUCAAAUAAACAAAAAAUUGAAGGGAAAAAUGCUACCUUGUAUUAUUAGUAUAAAACAAUAUACCUGUUAAUUUACGAAAACCAAAUGAGCCGUGCCAUGAGAAAACCAACAUAGUGGGUUUGCAACCAGCAUGGAUCCAGACCAGCCUGCGCAUCCGCGCAGUCUGGUCAGGCUCCAUGCUGUUCGCUUUUAAAGCCUAUUGGAAUUGGAGAAACUGUUAGCGAACAGCAUGGAUCCUGACCAGACUGCGCGGAUGCGCAGGCUGGUCUGGAUCCAUGCUGGUCGCAAACCCACUAUGUUGGUUUUCCCAUGGCAUGACUCAAAUGCUGAUUUUCAUGAUAAUGUAUGUCUAUGAAGGUUGUUUAUUUAUAAUGUAUGUCUUGGUUUGGUCACAAAUGAGAAGCGAAUUAUGUAUGCGCAAUCAGUAACUUAAUGCUUGGCGAUAAUGAGGGUCGCAUUUUAACUUUGUGGGAAGUUCUCUUGUAAUUAUGUUAAUAUACAAUCCCUUCAUAUUCUACAGGCAACAGCAGUUAUUACCAAAAUAUGUGAUUUUAUAUAUUCUAUAAAAAUUACUUUUCGGUAGUUAUUAGUAUUUCUACAAUACUCUUUUUGAAUAGAAAAAAAUCUGUAUAUUGUAAAUCAUCUUGUAUACAUGUUCAUUACAGAUACCAGGAAACUAGAAGUUAAUGGAUGAUGGAGAUUGAAUUUCGAUCUCUGCUACCAUUCAAAUGUCAUAACAGCUACCAGUAUUCAGAAUGAAAUCAGUAUACUUAAUAGGUGGGCAAAAUCCAUAGGAAAUCUUUCAAAUUUAGGGAUCUGUCUUAUUAUCUGUCCUACUUACAGUUGGGAAAGUAUGAAAUUUUUAUAUACUCUAGAUUUGUUGCUAAACAAUGCUUUUCUAAGAUAAACCAUGCUCUUCUAAGAUUUUUAUGUAUAGAUGAAUUAUAGGAUUAUAAAUUAUUAACUCUAGGAUAAAAAUAAUCUGACAGUCUAAUAACUAAAGGUAGCAGAUAUAGAAAGACAUUUGAGCCGUGCCAUGAGAAAACCAACAUAGUGGGUUUGCGACCAGCAUGGAUCCAGACCAGCCUGCGCAUCCGCGCAGUCUGGUCAGGCUCCAUGCUGUUCGCUUUUAAAGCCUACUGGAAUUGGAGAAACUGUUAGCGAACAGCAUGGAUCCUGACCAGACUGCGCGGAUGCGCAGGCUGGUCUGGAUCCUUGCUGGUCGCAUACCCACUAUGUUGGUUUUCUCAUGGCACGGCUCAUUUGAUCUCUUUCAUCCAUGUACAUUUUCGUCACAAACCAGUCAUUUACGUCUUCCAUUGAUUUAUGUUGUGAAAUGAGACCAAUGUUCUGUCCGUGUCGCUGUGUAGAACAGUUAGGUGUUUGUUCUUUUUUAUACAUUAAUAAUGUGUCAGUGUUGAGCAACAUGCAUUAUAUAGCAUGUUCCAGAUCAUGCAGGUACAAGUGAACAUUGUAUGAUAAAUUGGUACAAAAAGAGAUAUUUUAAAAAGAAAUAAAAUAAUGUGAUAACCUUUA